ACUGACGCUGGUAGAGGGGUUGCCUCAGAAAGACAGAAACCAACCAAGGCAGGCUAGGCCUUUGGGUCUGUUUGGUCGUCGAGAAAAAGAAAGUGAAAAUCGAAGAGAAAGUUUUCCCUUUCUUUGUGCAAUCUCUCGUUAUCCAAAUUUUGAGAUAUUUUCUAUUUUUCUUUCUUAAUCGGCAAUUUCUUAGUAUCCAAACAGAAUAUUAAAAAAUUAUUAAUAAAUUUAGUUCAUUUACGCUGGUUUUAUUUUUCUUUUACCAUUGACCAAUUAGGGUUAGGGUUUUAAUUGAACUUUACUUUCCUUGUAUCAUCUAACUUUGAAACUUUUCAUCGACCCUGAUUGGUGCUUAGGUUUGGUUUGCACAACCUAACAAUGGCGACAGCUACCUACCCGCCACCACCGCCAUAUUACCGUCUCUAUAAAGAUUUUCUUCAAGACCCCAAAUCUGCUCCGGCGCCUCCUCCGCCAGCAGUAGGAACUUACGUCUGUUAUGGGAGCACCUACACCACUGAUGACGUGCUUCCAAGUUUGGAAGAGCAGGGUGUGCGGCAGUUAUACCCAAAAGGACCAAAUAUUGAUUUUAAGAAGGAAUUGAGGUCACUUAGCAGAGAUUUGCUGCUCCACAUUUUGGAACUCGCCGAUGUUCUUGUGUCUCGACCAUCACAAUAUGCAAGGAGAGUUGAGGAUAUAUCUCUUAUAUUCAAAAACUUGCAUCAUCUCCUCAAUUCAUUACGGCCUCACCAGGCUAGAGCAACACUCAUUCACAUUCUAGAACUUCAGAUACAAUGUCGUAAACAAGCUGUGGAGGAUAUUAAAUGAUUUGUGUAGGAGGAGAGAAGAAGCACAGAAACUUCUCAAGGAUUCCCUUGGAGCAUUCGAAGCACACUAACAGAUGUACUAUGCUCUUAUGGCGAAAUUGUAAACUUCCAUUGUGGUUCUGCUGCCUUAAUUGAACCUUCUUCUAGUAUUAGGUGCGGUUGUUACAUAUCACUGUUUAGUGCAUUAGAAUUAGAUGUCUUUUUUUCUCUUUUCUUUAUUUUCCUUUCGAUCCUAUAUUUUAGAAAGUUGAGAGUUCCUUAUAUAUAUAAAUAUAUAUAUUUAUAUAUUUAUAUGUUUCUUUUUAAACAAGUUUAAAGUUGAAGAAAUGAUAUAGCUUAUCGGCUAACCCCUAUUUUGACUA